AUGUCUUCUACAGACACAGCUGAUGAAUGUGAGGAUCUAGUAAGCUUGACAAAAGACUUAACAAGAAGAGACCUUAAAAAGAAACGUAAAAAAAAUCACUUUGAUAUUAAUACUAAAACCACCAUUUUGAAUCUUUACAAACUUGGAUUAAUACAUAAUCCUGAUUUACUAAAAAAAAAAAUUGCAGCUGAAGUUGCCAAUAGAGUAGGCGUGUCCACUAGCAGCGUUUACAGGGUGAUUAGGGAAUACAACACAACUAAUUCAUUUUCCCCACCACAGACAAAUCAAAAUCGUAAAAACACUUUUAACUCAAUGGACAAUGCUACAAAACAGGCUAUAAAACUGAAGGUUCAACAGUUUCUCUCCACCAAUUCCCAGGUUCACCACACCAUAGAGACACUUGUAAGGGAGGUCAACAGAGAUCCAAAUUUACCAAACUUUAAAAGAACUACUUUUUUAAAGCUGUUGAAUCUACUAAAAUUUAAAUUUACCAAACGUGGGAGAAAUAGCGUUUUACUGGAUACCUCAACUACUGAUUGUGACUCAUCAAGCGAAGAUUUAAAAAAAGAAAUAAUACCUAGCGUUCCAGAGCUGGUACUUAUUAAGGAAGAAUCAGGAGAAAUUUACAUUAAACAAGAACCAGAAGAGCGAAUUUAUAUUAAAGAAGAACCGCUGAUGUUUAGUGAACAAUUAGAAGAACAAAUUAAUAUUAAACAAGAGCCAAUUUAUUUUAAGGAAUAUAAUAUAAAAGAAGAAUCGGAAACCAUUUUAUGCAUUUAA